AGACUUGAUGAAUCCAGGAACAUUCAUCAACAACUUUAUAAACAACACUUCAGUUGUCGGGCGGCGCCGGACCUACCUGUGCUAUGAGGUGGACUUCUUUGACAGUAAUUCCUGGAUCAUACUGGUGAAGCGCAAGGGCUUCCUGCACAGCCAGCCCAGGCUACGCCGCCAUGCAGAGCUGUGCUUCCUGGACCUGCUGAAUUCCUGGCAGCUGGACCCCACCCUGCACUAUAGGGUCACCUGGUUCAUCUCCUGGAGCCCCUGCUGCAACUGUGCCCAGGAAUUGGCUGCAUUUCUGGGUUGUAACAGCCACGUGCAGCUGCGCAUCUUCGCUGCCCGCAUCUAUGAUCGGCUCCCAGGAUACGAGCAGGGGCUGCGCACACUGCAGGGGGCUGGGGCGCAGAUCGGCAUCAUGAACUUCGAGGGGUUUAGGCACUGCUGGGACACCUUUGUGGACCACCAGGGGAGGCCCUUUCAGCCCUGGCAUGGGCUGGAUGAACACAGUCAAGCCCUGUGGAGGAGGCUGCGGGACAUUCUCCAGAGUCAGGAAAACCGAAGGAGGGACUGCAGCACAUCUCAGGAAGGCUGA